UUCAAAAGAAUAAACGAAACGAACAAGAAGAGCAAGGAUUAGGGUUUAAGGCUUUAGCUUCUGCGUCGUUGUAGAAUUUAAUUAUAACGAAUAACCAUGCCGAGAACAACCACCGUAGAAACUCCUGGUUGUCCUCAACUUCGAGCCCUAACUUUCGAUGCACUUGGUUUCACUAAAGUGAUCGAGUCUCGUGGUGAUCGAGGAAUCCCUCAGGUUGUACAGAGAUGGGGUGAUCCUGACCCUUCAAAAUGCGUUCUUGCUGUUUCUAUUGAUGACCACAAACAAGAUCCUUUGUUAGCUGUUGGAAGAAAAGAUGGUGUGAUUGAAGUUAUGAAUACACUUAAUGGGCAAAUUCAAGCUUCAAUUUCUAAUGUUGGUGAUGCUGAUGCUGUUAAACCUCAAGAUGAUGCUGUUGCUGGGUUGCAUUUGUUUAGAAGACAGAGAUUAUCUGGGUCAUGCAAUUUGCUUACUUGCACAAUGAAAGGAAAUGCAAGCAUUAGGCCCCUCGAAUUUAAUGGUUCAUCUGCAGAUAAUGCAAGUAGUGAUGGCUUGAGAAACUGGAAAGUUUGUGCUUCUGGUAAUAUUUUUUGUUCUAAAGUGGAUGGAAGUGAAAAUUAUGCAUUAUUUGGAGGGAAAUCUGUGGAACUUAAUUUAUGGGAUCUUGAGAAGUGUUCGAGGAUUUGGAAUGCAAAAUCUCCUCCUAAAAACAGCCUUGGUAUUUUUACUCCGACAUGGUUUACAUCUGCAACAUUCCUGAGUAAUGAUGAUCACCGUAAAUUCGCAGCUGGCACCAGUAACCAUCAGGUCCGCCUAUAUGAUACUUCUGCUCUGCGCAGACCUGUAAUUUCAUUUGAUUUCCGUGAGGCCCCCAUCAAAGCAGUCACUGAAGAUCAAGAUGGCUAUACAAUCUAUAUAGGAAAUGGGUCUGGUGAUCUUGCUUCUGUGGACAUACGCACAGGGAAAUUGUUAGGAUGCUUUUUGGGGAAGUGUUCUGGAAGCAUCAGAUCCAUUGCCAGGCAUCCUGAGCUACCUUUGAUAGGAUCUUGUGGUCUGGAUAGCUAUCUGCGCUUGUGGGAUAUUAAGACUCGACAACUUCUUUCAGCAGUAUUCUUGAAGCAGCAUCUAACAAAUGUUGUUUUUGAUUCCAGUUUCUCGGAAAGAGAAGUUGAGGUGGAAUCACAAAAUUCUAAUGUGAUUCAACAUGAAGAUGAGAUUGGAUCGGUGGCUGUGAAAAGAAAGGAAAAAUCUAAAGAGAAAAAGGGGGACAAAAAGAAGGCAUCUAAAGGAAAUGACGGAAAGAAGAGAGUUAAAAUCUAAGGAAAAGAGCUGUUGCGUGGAGUGGAUAAAGCAAUGAUUCCUGAUUACCUGCGUAUACUAUCACCAUUUAAAGGAAUGGGAUCUCGCUGUGCUAGUAGAUUGGUAAAAUGACUGGAGCACACAGGCGCAGUUGUGCAGCAUUUUUGAGAGGAAUUGUAUUUUUUUUUUAUUCACAAUUUUUGUUUUAAGAUAAUUUUGUAGACAAAACAGUUCAUGUAGACAACUAUUAAUGCCAUGGAUUAGUUCUACUUUUUAGUUUUCA